GAAGUAGAGGAUUAUUUUUCGGGGUCAGUUCUUCCGCGGGGCGGAAAAGGCAUGUCUGCAUGUUUCCCGACCAUUUCCAGACUCUUUCCCUUAGAGGACCCCAUGAGUAAGCUGUGGCGGCGCGGGAGCACCCCAGGGGCUCUGGAGGCCCCUGAGCCAGGGGAAGCGCUGGAGUUGAGCUUAGCGGGUACCCAUGGCCACGGAGUGCACAAGAAAAAGCACAAGAAGCACAAGAAAAAGCACAAGAAGAAACACCAUCAGGAAGAGGAGGCCGGGCCUACACAGCCAUCUCCUGCCAAGCCCCAGCUCAAACUCAAAAUCAAGCUGGGCGGGCAGGUCCUAGGCACCAAGAGUGUGCCUACUUUCACUGUGAUCCCUGAGGGUCCUCGCUCACCCUCUCCCCUCAUGGUUGUGGAUAAUGAAGAGGAACCUAUGGAAGGAGUCCCCUUGGAGCAAUACCGAGCCUGGCUGGAUGAAGACAGUAAUCUGUCUCCCUCCCCACUUCGGGACCUGUCAGGGGGACUAGGGGGCCAGGAGGAAGAGGAGGAACAGAGGUGGCUGGAUGCCCUGGAGAAGGGGGAACUGGAUGAUAAUGGAGACCUCAAGAAGGAGAUCAAUGAGCGGUUGCUCACAGCUCGACAACGAGCUCUUCUCCAGAAGGCGCGGAGUCAGCCUUCCCCGAUGAUGCCGCUGCCUGUCGCAGGGGGCUGCCCGGCCCCUGCCCUCACCGAGGAGAUGUUGCUAAAGCGCGAGGAGCGGGCGCGCAAGCGGCGACUGCAGGCAGCGCGGCGAGCGGAAGAGCACAAGAACCAGACAAUCGAGCGCCUCACCAAGACUGCGGCUCCCAGCGGGCGGGGAGGUCGGGGGGCCGCGCGGGGCGAGCGGCGGGGAGGGCGGGCGGCAGCCCCGGCCCCCAUGGUGCGCUACAGCAGCGGGGCACAGGGUUCCACUCUGUCCUUCCCACCUGGUGUCCCCGCCCCCGCGGCUGUGUCUCAGCGUCCAGCUCCAACAGGCCCCCCUCCGCGCUGCUCUGUCCCGGGCUGCCCUCACCCGCGCCGGUACGCCUGUUCCCGCACGGGCCAGGCGCUCUGCAGCCUUCAGUGUUACCGCAUCAACCUGCAGAUGCGGCUGGGAGGGCCCGAGGGCCCUGGAUCCCCCCUUUUGGCUACUUAACACCGUUACCAAACCUGGACUCUGCGCUCUCUCCCAAGCCCGGUUUUCAGUGUCUUCCCUACCCUAUUAAAUUUCAUCCAGUGCC